CAGGCUGGACGGACAAGACUUCUCCAGCUAGGCUCGCUAGCUGCUAACGUCGCUAACGUGGGGGGGGGGUGAGCUAGCUGGCGAGCUGCAGCGACUUGCGUCAUGGAUGAACUGGUCGUGGAAGUGAGGGGAACAAGUGGGGCCUUUUAUAAGGCCUUUAUUAAGGAUGUUCACGAAGGAUCGGUCACUGUGGCAUUCGAAAACAAUUGGCAGCCAGAGCGCCAGAUCCCCUUCCAGGAUGUGCGUUUUCCUCCUCCAACAGGGUUCUGCAAGGAGAUAAAUGAGAGCGAUGAGGUCGAGGUAUAUUCCAGGGCUAAUGACAAGGAGCCAUGUGGAUGGUGGCUGGCCAAGGUUCGCAUGGUCAAAGGAGAGUUUUACGUAAUAGAGUACGCUGCAUGUGACGCUACAUUAAAUGAGAUAGUGACGCUGGAGCGGUUACGGCCGGUCAACCCGAAUAAACCAGCCAACAAAGCCACCUUCAUCAAGAUCAGACUGGAUGUACCCGAGGAUCUACGGCAGAUGUGCUCCAAGGAAUCAGCACACAAAGACUUUAAAAAGGCCGUGGGAGCGUUCAGCGUCACCUACGACUCAGAGAAAAAGCAGCUGGUCAUUUUGUCGGUGAAUGAGGUCACAACAAAGCGGGCCAAUAUGAUGAGCGACAUGCACUUCAGGAGCCUCCGCACCAAACUGUCUCUCAUGCAGAGGAACGAAGAGGCCAGCAGACAACUGGAGAGUUCCAGGCAGCUCGCGUCACGCUUUCAUGAACAGUUUGUGGUUCGGGAUGACUUAAUGGGGCUGGCUAUCGGGACUCACGGAGCCAACAUUCAGCAAGCACGAAAAGUCCCUGGAGUCACUAACAUAGACCUGGAUGAGGAGACGUGCACCUUUCACAUAUACGGAGAGGACCAGGAUGCUGUACGCAUUGCCAGGAGUUUCCUGGAGUUCUCUGAAGAUGUUAUCAAAGUUCCCCGGAACUUAGUAGGGAAGGUGAUUGGCAAAAACGGAAAGCUGAUCCAGGAAGUGGUUGAUAAGUCUGGGGUGGUGCGGGUUCGUAUUGAGCCUGAGAAUGACAAGAAGCCCUCAGCAGCAGCGGCAGCAGCAGCAGACGAGGGAAUGGUGCCAUUUGUAUUUGUGGGGACCAAGGAAAGCAUCUCCAAUGCAACAGUACUGCUGGACUAUCACCUCAACUACCUUAAGGAGGUGGAUCAGCUUCGCCUGGAGCGCCUUCAGAUUGACGAGCAGCUGAGACAGAUAGGAGGGGGAGGCGGAGGAGGAGGGACGGGGCCUCGAAACCUUAAAGACAAAACCUAUGUGUUCGAUAACGGCAUGGGGCUGGGGAUGGGGAGAGGAGCAGGAGGUGGAGGAGGAGGCAAACCCUACAUAGGAGGGGGAGGAAGAGGUGGCAGAGGGCGAAGAGGAGGUGCAACUUUCGCCUCAGGCACCAACUCGGAGGCGUCCAACGCUUCAGAGACGGAGUCGGACCACAAAGACGAGCUCAGUGAUUGGUCACUGGCCCCCACCGAGGAGCUGAUGACAGGCGGUGGGACCCUGCCCAGACGGACAGAUGGGAGGAAGAGAGCAGGCGGAGGAGGGCCCCGGGGACGAGGAGGGAGAGGAAGAGGAGGGGGAGGGUAUAAAGGUUUAGGUGACGACAUGCAGUGGAGCGAGCCAAGACCUCGUCAUAUCAGAGACCCCAAGACGAGAGCGCAGGAAGACACUCUACAGAUCCGUGUGGACGGCAACGAGCGUAGCGUGCAGCACUCCUCAGGGGGGCGAGGAGGAGGAGGAGGUGGAGGUGGAGGAGGAUCUUCCUCAUCCCAGAGUGGCGUCAAUGCCGGAGGUGAGGGCCCGACUCGCCAUCACCAUCAGAGACCCAUCAGAGACCGAGGGAUGAAGAAAGACAAACAGGACGCUCCUCCGCUGGUGAACGGAGUGUCGUAGAUCGACCACUGGAGGACCUUCUCACUUAGACAGACACACACACACACACACACACACACACUCAGAAACACACACACACAGGCAACUUAUCAUAAAACCAUCGUAAAGUCUCUCUCGCUUUUUUCUUUCUCUGUCUUUGUCAAACACAUGAAUACACAUAUUUCAUCAGCAUGGAAGAGUUUACCGUAGUGAAGUCGUAGACCAGAGGUGAUCUGGUAUCUGCUGGUCUGCUCUGUUGAGGUCUUUGAGUGUACUGGUCUCGUUUGUUCUCGGUCUGGUAUCUCCUGUUCUUCUCUAAAGUGAUGCAUAAAAGAAACAGCACUUUUUGGACAAAAGGAAAAGAAGAAGAGGAAUUUGACUAAAGCUCAUAUCUCACAGAGGCAUUAACCACAAACACGCUCCUCAACCCAUCAAAGGCAAAUCAUUUUUUACUUGUUUUCUUUUUUUAAAUUCAACUCAGUUGGAUGAUUUUUUUUCCACUGCCCUUUUUGGACUUGCUCACAUCAGAAAAAAGAAAUGAGACAAACAAGUUAAGGAAAUAAUUGUCUGACAAGGAAACAAGGUAUUACAGCCACUUCAGACGGCAGGAUGAAAUGUUCCUUCCCUCCUCCUGUUGCACACUUUUUACUUCAGAUGUUUAUUGUAGAGAUGGUCUGACAGCACUCGGUUCAGGGGAGGCUUCAGUGUUUCCCACAGGUUGAGGAUUUAUUUCUGGUGGUCUAAAGAUCCAAAAUCCAACACUUGGUAUUCAGCUGCAGCACAGAAUUGCAUUUAUAUGAGAAGUAGAAAAGUCAUUGAGCAUCUUUCAAUCUUUCAGGUGCAUUCCCAGAGAGAUUUUAAUCAAUUCCAACAGGUAAAAUAUUUGGUUAAGUGGCAGAUGUGUUUUGGGUGUCACCCAAAUAAGUUCUAUACAUGGGAAACAUGCAGAGCUUUCAGACUGGGAGUGGAUGUUUGUAAAAGACAUUUUGGUUUGGGUUUUUCUUUUCUUUUUUCUUUUUGAUAGUUAUUUGAACCCUGAUCACCAUGUUGACACUGGAGAAAAUCAAACCUGCCUUUGGGGUCUGGAGGAGUUCAAAGUGUCCAUGUUUCAGGAUGAAAUGCCAACAGGUUUGCAUGGGCAAUGACAUUGCCAACAAAUACUUAUCUCAUCAUUGAAGUCAUCUGUGUUUUGUUUCCUGUUGCCAAGAUAAUGUAAAAUUCCUUUAGUCUUUUCAACUGUCAGACCAAUCUUAAAUUCAAUACCGUAUUACACGUACCAGCGGGGAGACAUAAAUCUGAGGCACUCUGUUCCAAAUAUACUUUUAAAAUGCCUUUACAGAAGCAAAGACACCAACUCAUAAGAGUCUUUAACAGGGUACAAAAUGUCACGCUAUUUAAAAUGAAUUACCUGUCAAACGACUUAAGCUACUGAAACCUUCAGUCUGUUCAAUCGACACCGACUCCGACCUCUGCUCUGUGCUCAGAACCAGCUGUGUGUCAACAGCAGCUCCUCAGGUGCUGCGAGGACAGCAACUGAUGUUUUUAUUCAUCGAUUCAUUGAUUUUAUUUCCCCUACAAGCUCCUUAAUGUCCACAGUGGAAGUAGGAGCCUUGAUGAAUCAUUACUAAUACCAUUAAUUAGUUCAGAAUGUACAAACAGGACAUUUGUGUCAACAGCCUUCUGUGAAGAUUACACUUCACCGGAGGUUAAAAAAAAGUGGGGGUUCUCAGGGGGGCGUGUCGGAGUUGGUGUGGAUUGAUCGUUUUGAUAAAAUGGAAAUGUGUCUGAUCUGCGAUACGCUUCUACAAAUGCUCUCAAUGUGGACACUAAAGGAAUCGCACACAAAACUGCACACUUAAAGCAGCUACUGUAAAUCUUAAUACUUCAUGAAAAUGUAGCCGUGACAAAUGAUUAUACAUUCAGCAUACAAUGGCCAGAAACACAGGUGAAACCUGUACAGUCAUUAUAAAAUAAACAGUGACUCAUGACUAACGCCUUUACUCCAGUCAUGAAUAAAAGCUUUGUAGUACAUUCAUGGCACCUCCCUUUUUCAUACAGGGAGGUUCCAUAUUCUCAUUCAUUUCAUAGAAACCUGCCAACAGGAAUCCACGUCCUGUACCAGACUGACUCUGGGAGCCUUUUCAACCUUCCACAGUGAGAUAUUUCACACAGAGGGCUUAGGCUGUAAGCUAGACUUACUUUAGUUAGUUCCACUUUACCUUACAUUUAACAGCGCACUCCUGGAUGGACACCAUUUCGAUUAGGUUGCAGGAUUAGGGCGGCAACAUAAUGAAUGUGUGUCACCUGAUCGCAUCGGCUUUUCUUUAAUUUAUGAGAACCUUUGUGUUUAACCUUUUUGUUUUGCAGCUAGAAAAACCUGUUUGAAGUAUUACUGUAGAAGAAAAAACAUUUGAGUUCUAUCUUGACAAAAUAAAAAUUUGGUGUAAGUUUUAUUCUCCCUGGUUUUCCAACUUAUUCUGGGCCCGCUCUCUGACUUAAACCUUUUGUGUAUUAAUCUUAUUUUGUAAAUUUCUCUUAGCUGUAGUUUGCAAACGACAGGGCAGGUGAGGCCUUAAUCCCAACAGAUUUACUUUCAGUUACAACAAAUCUUCAGGAAACCACACUGUGAAGGGUGCAAUGCACUUUUUGGUUGCAUGAUUUCAAUUGUGCGUUCCUCUACGUCUUGCUUUUAAAUUGCAAGACUGGGCAACUGUGUCACCUGACUUAAGUUUACAUCGCAGUAAAGUUUAGUGAAACUGCUUUAAGCCAGAGUAUAAGGUCUGAUUUAAUGAAGCAAGAGUUUCAUCUUCAAGUCCAGUUUUCUAAGCCUCCUUUGUGAAAUCUCUUUUGGAUUAAGAACACAGUGUUCACCGCAGUCAUGGAGCUGCGGUCUGUCAGUUUUCUGCCACCCCUCUUGGUCAUAAUGAGGGUUUUUAAAAAAUCUUUGUGCCUUGGAUUUAUGCUCCUCCAUUUCUGUGAAUUUGGCCCAUUCUAAAAAAGCACCCGAUUGCUCUGAGUAGUUCACAAUCUUUUUAUACUGUCUGUUUGAACCUAUCCAUUCUUUUCAUACCUGGGUGUUUCUUGUAUGGAUGAUUCUGUGACACAAUAUGCAUUUGUUUGAAUUCUUUUGCGGAGGCACCAUAGUGGAAAACGACUUCUGUAGUUUCUGGUAAUUUAUUUAGUCCCUAAACAGGGACAGCUAGAGACUUAAAUAAAAAAAAAAAGAGAGACUAGACAGUUAUGUCAUCAAAGUAACUUUGUCUAACAAAUUCAGGUUUCCGGACAUCAGACAAGCCAAACGUGUCGACUUCAAGCUCUCAUCUCGAGGUGUUCAGUUGGACAUCUCAGAGAGUUACUGACUUCAUAAAUCGUCUGCAUGGAAAUAUCCUUUGUGGCAUCAUCAACAAAAUAAAGUACAAUGUAGGUGGCACGAAGGCCUUUAAAGAUCAUGUACAUUCUCGGUUGUCCCAAAUUGUAUUCUAAAUUCAAAGUGACUGCAGUAACAUAGAUGGGCUAGUGUAGAAAGUAUUUGUGUGAAGAUUUAUGAUUGAGGGGAGAUUGAUUAUAGCAUUAGUUUGAAUUAAAAAAAAAAACUCUUGAAAUGUGAGUCACUGUAAAACAAAAAAAGCAAAGCAAAAAAAGUUUCCUGAGGUUUCUCUGCGCGUUUGUAGGCUCAACAUUUAAUGAAAACACUAGUACUUCAAAAUACUGUAUCUUCAGCUUUAGCAUUGCUAUCUGCAGAUGUUCUCAGAUUGAGUAGUUAAUGGGUCAAAUUAGCCCUUAAAUUUAGCUUUCCUUUCUGUGGUGCUCUGAAAGAUUUUAUUUUGACAUUUUUGGAAAUAUUCUCGCUAAAAGUUAGAUGAGAGGAUUGGUUGACACUAAACAGGAAGCUAGAGCAAGAAGGCCGUUAGCUUAGCUUAGUUUAAGACUGGAAACUAGGGAAAACUGCUAGCCUGCCUCGGUCUAAAUUCUGCCUACCAGCGACUCUAAAAUCUUGUUUGUUUAAUCAAAAAAAAAAAAACGUUUUAUAGCGUCCUGGAAUUACGUACUUCUUGACUUCUUGGCUAGCUGUUUUGCCCUGCUUGCCAGUUUUAAUGCUAAGCUAAGCUAACCAGCUGCUUGUUUUAGUAUCAAACUCUACAGACAGACGAGUGUGAUAUCGAUCUUCUCACCUAACUUCUGGCAAGCGAAUACACGCAAAUUUCCUAAAAUGUUGAACUUACCUUAAAAUUGCUUUCAUUAGGAGAGCCUAGCAUUGUGAGCAUAGCAUUAAAAUUCCUUUACUGUAGGUUGGAUCAACUUUUAACCAGGUUGACACAUAAAAGAUACUGGACUUCAAAUUCAGAAUAGCCACUGCGCUCCAUCUUCAACAACUGAGUCAAAUCUUGAUGUGAAAGCAGAGCUUGUUAUAUUUACACAUAAAAUAAUCUGACCUCUUAUUUGGAUAAACUCUCCUGCUAGAGAGCUGCGAAUGCUCAGAGGAACCUCCCCAUAUUUUGUGUGACAUGUGCCUUCAAUUGUGGCUAGUAUCACAACCUAGACAUGUAAAUCAGGGAUGAUGAGACGUUCAUAAUGGACCAGGUGUGUAAAGGUGGCUACUUCUUGUCGUGACAUCAUUGAUCACCCCCCUGGGUUGUCGCUGGAGUAUUUUCUGAGCUUCCUGUUAACUGUUGGGUUGAUUUUGUCACACCAGGAAACCGCCUGCUUUGACAACCUGAUCCUGUUCAAACACUGAAGGUGUUGUACCCUUGUACAGUCGACAAAUGUGAACCUGUAGCUUAUGACCUGGUUCAAUUGAUCUGUGAUGUGGAUUCAGUUACUUUCGUAGACCAGUGCAGUUCAUGACCUUCUGUGGCGGCUUUGGUUCUGAAGUCAGCCGUUUCUCCUCACAGACCCUCUUUUUAAAAUGUUAUCCCGGUGACACUUUAUUCCCUCUCUGUCUUUCCUUCCUGGAAAGUAACUGAAGUAAAGAAAAGAACUGAAAAGAUUUCAGAGGUUGAGCCAGGUCUUAUCUUUACCAGAGAUCUGUGUACCUUUCUAGUCUUGCGAUGCAUGUACAUCUUUAUUAUGGAUUUUGGAGACUAGGUUCGAAGACAUGUUUUUAAAAAAAAAAAGACAUA